AUGCACUCCUUAGAGCAACCGGCUUCACCCGAACCCUACUUGGACGACUUGCCCAUGGAUACUUGGCCAAGUCCGGAUCUCUGUAAAGUAAAUAAUCGCAGCUCUUUCAUUGUCACGGAGGUACCAGCCCCGCCGUCGGUUGCAGGCGUCGCCCAGAAUCUCCUCAUCUCGUCCAUCUGCCGUCGUUGGCGUCGCCUGGCGAAGCGUCAUGUGACGACGCUGCUCGUGAAAGAGGACCUUCUUGUGUCCCGCGAAGAUCUCUCAGCCGCCGUCGCGUGCUUCCCCAACCUCAUCCAUCUGCAUAUCAGCGACAACAGCGUCGAGCCGCUUAACGAUGCGUUCCUUGCUCACCUAGCUUCAUCAUGCCCGAAGCUGACUCGCCUCCACAAUCCCGGUUUCACCAACCUCACCAGCCUUACCACCCUUUACAUCACCUUUUCCAUAAACCAUCGGCACUUGUCCACCCUCUUUCACCUCCCACGGCUCGCCCAUCUCUUCAACCUCGGCCCUCACCCAACCCUUCAGCCGGCGGAUGCUGGAAUCAUGACCCUGCCGUCUUGCUUGAAAUCACUCAACUUUCACCGUUCGUGUCCUGGCUUCAACACCAUCUUCCCAUCUGCAUCGCCGUUCACCGGGCUAGAGGAGCUGCUCAUCACCCACUGCAGUGAGCUCGAAAGUCUUCCUGACCACAUUGAUGACCUGCUGCCGUGCCUUCGCAAGCUGACCAUUCGCGCUUGCAUAGAUUUUGCUCACCUGCCUGAGAGCUUCGUUUCUCUGAGCCGUCUGGAAACGCUCAUUAUAUCCCAUUCUGGCCCAUUUAUCUUACCCAGCAACUUCGGUCAUCUGCAUGCCCUCAAAGUGCUGGUGCUAGAAUCUUUGUCCUCUCUCACCGAACUCCCUCCUUCCUUCUCUUAUCUCACAUCUCUCGAGAAACUCUCAAUACUUCACUGCUACCACAUUCGGCAGUUUUCGGCUGGGUUUUCGCGCCUCACAGCUCUCAAGGUGCUUGACUUAAGCUUGGGACUUGCCUUGCCAGAGGACGUUGGGGGCCUUGCAUCCCUGAAGGCUCUCAGGUUGAAUGGCACGCCCCUCCCGACUUCCUUCACCGAUUUCUGUUCCCUCACGAUCCUUGAGCUGAAUGGAUGCAGCUUAAGUGAUGCGGAAGCCUUGGGGGAGCUCAGCAGCCUACAGGAGCUGAAGAUUAUUGAUUCUGUAAUCAGAACGCUUCCUACCUCACUGAUGCACCUUUUGAGGCUUCAGAGCUUGGAGGUUACUGGCUGCAGGACACUCUCAGAAGUACCCUUUCGGCUGGAUACGCUCGUGGGGCUCAAGAGGCUGGAGCUGACGGAGUGUGAGCAGUUGAGCAUCACCCCUGCAGGUUUCCCGCCCUCUCUUGAGGCACUCUGCCUGGGGCCCUUCAUGGAGGGCGCUUACCAUUUUGUGGACAUUUCUGAGCUGUCGCAGCUGAGGGUGCUGAAGCUGAACCGCGUUGGGGUGAUCUGCGGGCCUGCAGUGAGCAGCAUGCUGUCGGGUUUGGAGCAGCUGGAGAUGCAUUUGGAAGGAGGCAGUCGCGAGCUACCAGUCCCCCUGACCUUUCUCCCUCGCCUGCGCAGCUUGCUGAUUGAGGCGCCGGGGUUUUGCAGCCUCCCGGAAAGCAUGGCGGCGUCGUUGCCGCAGCUGCUGCAGCUGGAGCUUCGUUCUUGGACACCGGAGAAUCUGCCAGGAAGCAUACUGGAGCUCAGCUCGCUGACGUCACUACGGGUUCAAGCACCUCAUCUGGUGUCGCUACCUCAGGGCAUGAGCCGCUUGUCUCGGCUGCGCAAACUGGAGCUGAUUGACUGCAACGCCUUGCAGCAUCUCCCGAACUUUCUCAAGCAGUUGCACCAGCUGGUGCUCUAUAAUUCCGCCAUCCGUUCCGUUCCUGCAAAUUUCGUGCGGCUGGUUUGA